GUGAGUGACGCUCCUUCACCAGCCGGGCCGGGCAACAUCAACCAUAGCACCCGUUUGUCUUUAAUUUUGUCCCAAAAUCACGUGGGAUCCAAAUAAAGCAUGUGCGGAUUUCACGAGGCCUGUCGCCGUAGCCGGUCAUUGAAAUUAGCAAAACAGGAGGAAGCACUCUGCUCAGUGGACAAUAUGGACAUCCUUGAGACGGAUGCCUACGACAGACGGCAGAGAAGAAACACGUCCUGUGCUCUGCUGUUCUCUCUCACGCCCUUCUUUCUGGCCUCCGCUGCAUACUUCUACCUGUACACUCCAGACACACCGGCGUCCAUCAUACUGGCGGCUGUCAAAUCGGCACCGGCGCUCCUGCUGGCCGCGGCAGUGCUGAGCUGGAAUGGAGGUCAGAGUGUUGUGGGUGUGGCGGGAGGACUCGUCCUCUCAGCUGUGGGCGACUGCUGCUUGAUCUGGCCUGGAUUUUUCCUCCACGGCAUGGCUGCAUUUGCUGUGGCUCAUCUUCUCUACUCGCUUAGCUUCCUGUCAUCUCGUUACGAGGCAUAUUCCUCUUCCUCGUGGACUGGCCUGCUAUAUCUGAUCCUGGUUGUGAUCGCGGGAAGUUUUUACGCGUACUUGUUUCCAUUUUUGCAGAAGGACCCAAAAUCGGACCUCCUAACCCCCGCCGUGGGGGUCUACGUUAUCUUAAUCACAAUGACGGGGAUAUUAGCCAUCAGAACCCGUCGCGCAUUCACACUCUUGGGAAGUUUGUUCUUCAUCGUCUCCGACAUCGCUUUGGCUUUGCAACAGUUUAAGGUGACGGCGCCUGUCCAACACGGUAAUACUGUUGUCAUGGUGACGUAUUAUUUAGCACAACUGCUAAUUAGUAUUGGGGACAUGAGGGCGGUGGAAAUCAAAAAUGAAUUUGCAAAAUGGAAGCGGUCCUAGCCAGCAUCCUUGCAGCACUCCUGAUGUUUCCUUGCCCAACAGUAACAUAGCACUGCCUAAUAUGCGGAGCUGCUGGAUCAGAAUAACACUGAAAUGUAUAAAUAUGUUUGUAUUGUAUGUAUUAUUACAAAACAAGCAACGAUUAAUUGUUUUGAAAUAAUUUUAUUGCCAUAUAAUAAUGAAGCCGCGUAACAUCAAUAUUUAAGUGAAAGUUUUCGAUGUGAGCUGGUUGCUAAAUGUAUAAAAAUACUCUCUUCUUGUUAUAAAUAAAUACAAUGUCAAGAAUAUUGAAGACAUCUA